AUGUUCUCCACAUCAGCUCCCGAAGGCAAGAUCUCUCGACGUUUUGGUCAAGAAGCGAAGAUGGUCAACGGCAAACUCGCUCUGGCGGCGGCGGUGCUGGGGGCGCUGCAGCUCAGCCUCUGCCUCCCGGCGCCCGGCCCCUGGCAGGCGCCCGUGGUGCACUCUGUGGGCGUCGUCCCGGCUGUGCACGCCGUGGGCGUCGCUCCGGCUGUGCAUUCUGUGGGCGUAGUUCCUGCCGUGGGCGUCGCUCCGGCUGUGCAUUCUGUGGGCGUCGUAGCUAGACCCGUGGGCGUGGCUUACGUGGGCGGCUUCGAUCACGACGACGAUGGCUUCGGCGACGACGACGACGUGGGUCGCGUUGUGGUCUCGGGUCACAAGGUGUGGUGAUCCGUCGCCCCGAAGGCCUCCCGACGGCGGAUUCGGCGCCAGGCUUCCCUCCGCAGGAAGCCGACGCCGCGGCGACGACACCGACGCUCUGCGACUUUGCUUUCCUUUCAAUCACAGAAGUGAAUAAAAUGCAUCAAACUGUA